UCCCAUCAGACUUGCAGCUCUUCCAAGAUAUACUUGAGCUAAAUCUGAGUCGUCAGACAUGAAGGCGUUUUUCUUCUUGGUUGGCGUCCUGCUCGUUGUGUUCUUUGCUGGUGAAGUUCAGUCAUCAGGCACUCAACCACCAACACAGMCGCCUACCCCACCAUCAAUCCAAGACAUGAACACCGAUUUCAACAAUUGGGGGGCCUGGAGACAAGCAACAAAUGACCAAUUUAAUUGGACACUUCAUUCUGGAUGUACGCCAUCAACAGCAACAGGACCAUGCGAUGACCAUACUGGAUCAGGAAGGUAUGCAUACAUCGAGGCUUCCACUCCUCGUGUAACAGGAGACACGGCAAGACUUACUUUCAAUGGAAAUUAUGAUGGAGACUUGUGUAUGACAUUCUACUAUCACAUGUAUGGUAGCUCGAUUGGAUCACUUAAGGUUCACGACAAUGGUGUUGUGGUGCUGAGUAAAGAAGGUGAACAUGGAAACCAAUGGAUGAAGGAAUAUGUAGACCUUGGCAACAACAGAAAUGUGACAAUAGAUGGUGUAAGAGGAUCAACUUUUGAGGGAGACAUUGCUAUUGACGAUAUAUCUGUCUCCAAAGAACGAUGUCCCAGCACAGAAUGCAGAAACUACACCGUGCUGAACACAACAGACCGAGCAGCAAGCUAUCGUGGAUCACCGUACUAUUGUGAUAGGUACAACAUCACCCCUGGAUCYGGAUGGUAUCGCUUCAUGGGAGAUGCUGGGACUACCAUAGCAACAUCAUGUGUUGAUAUGAACCACUGCGGAACUUAUGUCCCAGGAUGGAUGCAAGGUUCUCAUCCCACCAAAGCAGAGGGUAUCGUGAAUCGUACGGUGUGCUAUCACUAUAGUGGUAACUGCUGUUACCGGAACAACAAUAUUCGUGUCAGCAACUGUGGAGGAUUCUACGUGUACGAGCUUGGCAGCCCACCAUCUUGUAACUAUCGUUACUGUGGCAGCGGAAAUAGUACGAAUAACACAUGCGCAAGUAGUCCUUGUCGUAAUAAUGGCACGUGUGCUACUACCUACUAUGGCUACAGGUGCUAUUGUCCAUUUGGUUACAGCGGGGCACAAUGUGAAACAAGUGAGUCGCGCGUAUURAAACAUUCCUAGAUUUAUGUAGUAGUUACUGGGUCUUUGUGAGACACUCUUAUAACGGGUCACAUAAAAUAU